AUGCCUCGCAUCAACGACACAAACCAGGGAGACGAGACCUUCCCAACCUGGGAAACCAAAUCGCCCACCACUUCCACCCCGAAGAACUCCCUCUCUAGCGACAUGCGUCCAUCCGACAUGCCCUCCGAGAGCAUCGCCUUCGCAGAAGACUACAACACUCGAUCCCGGAAGAGGGAGAGCACGACAAGCAGCACCAAGAACAAGAGUCGAAGCCGGAGCCGGGUGUCUUCGGCGUAUGAUAUGCCGGUGGAGGAGAAGAAUGUUUGGGCGCAGGAUAAGGAGGCACAGCAUAAGACGUUUCUGAAGAAGGCGUUUGAGCAUAAGCUUGUGCCGGAGUUUUUGAAGUAG